AUGGAAUCUAACUAUUCUCCAGAUAUAGGCAAAUUGAUUAUAAAAGUUUAUGCAAGUUUACUAUUAUUAUUUGGUCUACCUGGUAAUAUUAUUAGCGCUAUUAUAAUGGGAGGUGAUCGGUCAAAUCGUUUGACAACUCGUUUAAUUAUUAUUAUUCUAGCUAUAGCCGAUAAUUUGGUCUUAUUAACUGCUGUAUUACGUUAUUGGUUAAUGGAAGUUUGUGGAUGGGAUUUACGUUCAACUGGUCCAUUAACUUGUAAAAUUCAUGUUUUUGCUGUAGGAUUUUCAACAGAUUUUGCUGUUGGUGUAUUAUGUGCUGUUGCAGUCGAGCGGUUACUUGUUGUUACCCUACCUUAUAAAGCAUCUAAAUUAGUAACAUUAAAUUCUGUGAUAAUUGGUAUGAUAUGUUUUGCUUUAAGUGUAGCUAUAAAAAAUUCACCACACUUUUGGAUGAUGGGUGAACAUAAAUCACAACAAUCUCAAAUAGAUUCAAUAAAUUUGUACAAAAUUAAUCAAACCAGAACGAGUGGGACCAUUAACACACAUAAAAUGUUUAUAGAAAACUCAACUAAAAAGGAAUCAUUUAAAUGUACAUUUGUAUCAGAAUAUGAAUUUAUUUUUAGAAUUUUUAUGAAGUUCGAUCUUAUAAGUUUUGCAGUUCUUCCUUAUUUAAUAUUAUUUACAAGUAAUGUAAUUAUUUAUAUAAAAUUGCGUAAUCAACGUCGGUUGAUGAGAUGUCAUGCCAAUACUACAUCUAUGGUUAGUAAUACAACUAAUACAAACAUAUCUAAUAGUAUACAUUCAAGUAAACUACAACGUAAAUUAGAUCGAAAAUCAAUUAAUCAACCAGAAUCAACAAAUCAACUACAAUAUGGAGAUACACGAUGCAAACGUUCAACUCGUCGACCAGAAGGUGUCAUCAAAUUAUUAACGGCAUUAACUAUAAUUCAUGUUAUUUGUACAUUACCAGGCACAAUUUUUACUUUUCUGUCAUCUUAUUUCAAUUAUUUUCACAAUAUGCCAAAACAUACUCAUGAUCAAAUUAAAUAUGGUUUAGUUAUGUUAAUAUUUACAAAUAAUGCAAUUAAUUUCUUCGGUUAUUGCAUUUCUUGUACAACAUUUCGUCAAACAAUUAUUCGUAGUUUAAAUCAUUUAUGUCAUUGGAAAACGAAUUGUCAUAAAAGAAAACAAAAUAAUGAAAUACGGGAUAAUAAUAACAAUAAUAAUGGGAAAUAUAAACCAAUGGACCAAAAAAUCAUAGAUAAUGUCAGCUUAAUAAAAAAACAAGACCAAUAUACAUGA